AUGGUGAAACGACAGACACUGAGGAGUACCAAAGCUCAGGAUGGCGGCAGAAAGAAUCCAUGUGGAGUACACAGUUUGGGUGUGGUGGUCUGGAUGGCUGUCGCCACCUUUGUGUGCAUUUCCCUCUUGAAGGAAUCGGCAUCCGUCUCUGGAUCGGUGUCCCGUGUCAAUCGGUCGGUGGAUCUAGAGUUUCUGACCUUUUCCGCCACUUCGUUGGUCGCUACUUCUGCUUCUGCUACCGACACACAACCACCACAAGCAGUGGUACGGGUUGACCCAAAGCCAUUUCGAUUUUACGUCUACGAACAAUUUGCAGACAAUGAAUGGUCUCCUCGAAAUUUGAGUGACUGUAUUCUCAGAAAGAAUCCAAAGACUGGAAACUGUGAUUGGGCCUUGACUACUUGUGUGGAUGAUGGGACUGCUGGCUCUAGAUAUGCGUCCAGGAGGAAAAAUUUCAAUGGAGAUGUGCUACUCGCAGACCUAUUCUUGAGAUAUCCCAUUGGGGAAGGAAGUGCACCUGCCGUCACAUCAUUUGCCACCAGGACGCAGGAUCCCCAACAAGCGGAUGCCUUUAUCGUUGCAUAUGCUCAUGACGGCCACUGCAACUGUCACUCGGUCGAUUCCAAAUGUCCAAAGACACCCCAAAUGGCACAAGAAAUCGACGAAGUAUUCAAAACGCUCCAUCACUACAACACCAACCACAACAAGAAUCGUCACUUGUUUCUAUCCUCCAAAGACUCUCCGUUUUCUCAUAUCAAGAUUCGAGAUGUCCCCAUGAGAACGACGUUGGGAGACUUGAGGAAACGAUCGUGUCUGGCAACCUCCAACUCCAGUGGCGGCAAUCAUCUCUGUCCCGAUAUUGUUAUUCCGUACCUCAACACUCAUCCCUUUUACCAGCCACAUGCAAUUCAAACACGACCAAAGGAAUGGUGGACCACCCGCACCCGGACCAUUGCGGUGGCGGCCAUCUUUGGUCGGGUAUGGGAUCCCAGUUUCCGCAAUUACGUCUUGGAUAAUAUCGAACCAGUGAUUCGGCGGCACAGUGGCGAUUCUACCAUUGGUGGCUUGCCGGUCCAAAUUGGAUCCUUACAAGGAAAAGAACGGAACAUUGACAAGGAACAGGCCACCUUUGAACUCUACCAGAAUUCCAUCUUUUGUUUGAUCUUACCAGGAGAUGGACCCGCCCAGAAACGAUUCUUUGACGUGAUUAUGAGUGGAUGCAUCCCCGUGGUCUUUGUCUCGCAACGUCGUCAGAAUCUGGACCCGUCCGUCGCCAAGGCAUAUCCAAGUUGGUGGUCUGGGAUGGACAAUUCCAUCCCCGCAAGGCAAAGCAUCCGUACAUCGUACCCGUUUCCCAAAGGAUUCUUUCUCGAUCAACCAUCGCUCGGGAUUGAUUAUUCCUCCUUUGUGGUACAAAUCACACACGAUACAACACCGGGACGAUCGUGCGACUUUUCGUGUGGACACAAAGUGAAUGCGACCUGUCAAUUGGAUUGUUUGGUACCAGAGCUGGAACGCAUCAUGGACACUCCAGAAGAACUCGUUCGAUUGCGCCGGAAUCUACAAGAGGCUGCCGUCCUACUCAACUAUGGAAUGGAAGACCAUGCGUUUGAAACGUUUGAUGCCUUUGCGGUAUUGUUGGCCCAACUGGGACACAUUUUGGAGCGUCUGCCGCCAAUGCACUGA